AUGGUUACUUCUCAGUUAUUAAGAUUCAUUGAUUUUUCUUUAAAACUUGUUAGUUAUCCGACAAUAAAACGAGAUGACUCGCUUUUACUGAAAUAUCGUGAAAGACAAAAUGUCGCAAAUUUAAUACUUCCGAACACCAUUCCACAAGUAAGCAUGAUAUGUAGCGAUUAUCCUUUUCUUAAGACUAUUAGAAUGGUAACAGAAAUCUUUCUUAGUUACACAUGUUCAUGGAACAAAAGCACAAAAAGACUACAAGCGUUGUUGUGCAUUGGCAAGAUGAGUGAAGCAGAACAUGAGUGA